AUGCAGCCUGAGAUGGAACAAAAGAAAAAAAGCUUGAAGCAGAGACUGGUCUUGAAGAGCAGCUUAGCUAAAGAAAUGCUCUCCGAGUUCUUGGGCACAUUCAUAAUGAUUGUCCUUGGAUGUGGCUGUGUUGCCCAAGCUGUCCUCAGCCGAGGACGUCAUGGAGGAAUCAUCACUAUCAAUAUUGGACUUUCAAUGGCAAUAGUAAUGGCCAUUUAUGUUGCUGGAGGUGUCUCUGGUGGCCACAUCAACCCAGCUGUGACUUUUGCAAUGUGUCUUUUUGGACGGACAAAGUGGUUCAAAUUCCCCUUUUAUGUGGGGGCCCAGCUCUUGGGAGCCUUUUUAGGGGCUGCAACCCUCUUUGGCAUUUAUUAUGAUGCAUUUCUGUCUUUUGCUGGUGGAAAACUGCUCGUCGUGGGAGAAAACGCAACAGCACACAUUUUCGCAACAUACCCAGCUCCGUAUCUGUCUCUGGUGAAUGCAUUUGCAGACCAAGUAGUGGCCACCAUGUUUCUCCUCAUUGUCAUCUUUGCCAUUUUUGACUCAAGAAACUUGGGAGUCCCCAAAGGCCUACAGCCCAUUGUCAUUGGCUUCCUGAUUGUUGUCAUUUCUUCCUCUCUGGGAAUGAACAGUGGCUGUGCCAUGAACCCAGCUCGAGACCUGAGUCCCAGACUUUUCACUGCCUUGGCAGGUUGGGGGUUUGAGGUCUUCACAGCUGGAAAUAACUUCUGGUGGAUUCCUGUAGUGGGCCCUUUUGUUGGUGCUAUGGCUGGAGGCCUCAUCUAUGUUCUUGUCAUUGAAAUCCACCACCCGGAUCCUAACCCAGACUGCGAGGAAGAACAGCCAGAGGACAAACCAGAGAAACAUGAACUUAAUGUGCUAAUGUAA